AUGGCGGUGAAACAGCCGGCAAUUCUCGCAGCAGCUUCCCUACUAAUCAUAUUCCGUCUCACCUCCGCGCUCCCAACGGAAACCAUCACUAACGCUGCGGACACUCUCUCCAAUUCCGGCUAUGUCGCAAUGUCCUUAACUCUAAAUCUCGUCUCCGACGUCUUGCUUUCUUACCGUAACUCCGCCACCAUCUUCACUCCACCGGACUCCGCCUUCGCUGACUACGGCCAACCAUCUCUCGCCACUCUCCAACUCCACUUCUCCCCGUUAGCUUUCUCACUCUCAAGCAUCCGUUCCCUCCCAUACGGCACCAAAAUCCCCACCAUGUCCUCCGCCACCUUCCUAACAGUCACUACAUCUCAAUCCUCCGAUCAGGUUUCACUAAACAACGUCAAAAUCGUUGGAUCUCCGAUUUUUGACGAUGGAUCGUUAAUCGUCUUCGCUAUCGACAACUUUUUCGAUCCAAACUUCACUAUUCCAGAUCCUCCGGUGCAAAGCGUUAGGCUAGAUCAUUGUACGGCGUCGUUCGGAGGUUACAGUAAUUUCUCGUUCCACGAUGGUGCUAAUCUGUUGAUAUCUAGAGGAUACUCUGUAAUGGCGUCGUUUCUCAAUCUACAACUCCUAGGGUUUCUCGGUCAAGCUACACUGACUAUUUUUGCUCCUAUUGAUGAAGUGAUGGUUGAUUAUUCCGGUCGGUUUCCUGAUUAUCCAUCUCUGUUUCUCCGACAUGUUUUGCCUUGUAAGAUUUCGUGGAGAGAUCUCAUUAGCGUCGAUGAUGGAACAAGUUUGGAUACCUAUUUGGACGGAUUCAAAAUCACAAUUCAUAGAUCUGGAGGUACGUUUAAGGUGAACGAAGCUUCAAUUACUUUCCCGGACAUGUACUACGGUGAUUCAUUUGUGGUUCAUGGAAUUCGCGAGGUUCUUGCUCUACCAAAGCCAGCAGAGGAAUCGGGUGAUGGCGACGGAUUUGAUGAUAUUCCUGUUGGUACUGUACUGGUUGCUACUGUUCCAGAUCGAUCUGAGUUUUAA